GUUUGCAGAGUGGAGAGAUCGGGCUGGGGGUAAUGGUAUGGACAUUGGAGGUAUGGUGCAGGCGUUCUUUAUUAGCUGCAGGGGUUAGUGGUGAAAGGUAAGAAAUGACAUGCAAUAGCCAGGGAGUGAGAACACCUGCACCCAAACAAGGAAUAGUGUAGCGAAAAAAAUACUGUUUAGAAGAAAUCUGUAGACCUCACAGCUGUGACAUAAGUCAGAAGGCGAGUCAGAAAUUCAGAAAAUGUAGUGGGGGGGCUGCCGUUAAGAUUAAACUAAAGAAAGACUGAACCUUUAGUAGUGUCUUACAUAUUGUGAUUGUGACUUUCAAUAAUCACAAUAUAGAGAGCAAUAGAUUGGUUGCCAUUACACUGUAUUCUCAAAUUCAGCAAUAACAAGAGGAAGAGUUGUAUCCCCAAUGACAUCAUGUCUUCAAAUGGUCUUUUGCAGAUUCGGUUUUGGCAGAUGAACUACAGGCUGCACGACUGAGGGUGAGAUGGAGCAUAAAAAGUGGCAUCCUCAAUUUAACAAUGACCUACACUUGGGUUUAUUGAAAUGAUGAAGCGCUCUAUUCAACACAUGCGUGCCGGAAGUGGGACAUUGAGAUCCGUCAUACUUCCGGGUUUCUUCCCAGUAGUGUGAAAGCGAAGAAAGAUGGAGACGUUGAAUAAACUAAAACAGUUUGACGCGUACCCUAAAACUCUGGAGGAUUUCAGGAUCAAGACAUGCGGUGGAGCCACAGUCACCAUCAUUAGCGGGCUGAUCAUGUUGAUCCUGUUUUUCUCGGAGUUGCAGUAUUAUCUCACAAAGGAGGUCCAUCCGGAAUUGUAUGUGGACACAUCACGUGGCGACAAGCUGAAAAUCAACGUUGAUGUCAUAUUCCCCCAUAUGCCUUGUGCAUACCUCAGCAUCGAUGCUAUGGAUGUGGCAGGAGAGCAGCAGCUGGACGUGGAGCACAACCUGCUGAAGCAGAGGCUGGACAAGGAUGCCAAACCGGUCACCUCCGAGGCCGAGCAGCACGUUCUGGGGAAGGAGGAGGGCGGGGAGGUGUUCGAUCCCAGCAAGCUGGAUCCGGAACGCUGCGAAAGCUGCUACGGAGCUGAAACCGAAGAUCUGAAAUGCUGUAACUCCUGUGAGGAUGUACGGGAGGCAUACCGGCGUAGGGGCUGGGCCUUUAAGAACCCCGACACCAUCGAGCAGUGCAAGAGAGAGGGCUUCAGCCAGAAGAUGCAGGAGCAAAAGAACGAGGGCUGCCAGGUGUACGGCUUCCUGGAGGUCAACAAGGUGGCUGGAAAUUUCCACUUUGCUCCUGGAAAGAGCUUUCAGCAGUCUCAUGUUCAUGUUCAUGAUCUACAGAGUUUUGGUCUAGACAACAUCAACAUGACUCACUUUAUCAAGCAUCUGUCAUUCGGGAAGGAUUACCCAGGCAUCGUCAACCCCCUGGACGGGACCAACGUCGAUGCACCACAAGCUUCCAUGAUGUACCAGUAUUUUGUGAAGAUUGUACCAACCAUCUACGUGAAAGGAGAUGGAGAGGUGGUCAAAACCAAUCAGUUCUCUGUAACUCGACACGAGAAAGUGGCUAAUGGCUUGAUUGGGGACCAGGGAUUGCCAGGAGUGUUCGUGCUGUAUGAGCUCUCCCCCAUGAUGGUGAAGUUCACAGAGAAAAACAGGUCCUUCACCCAUUUCCUCACAGGAGUGUGUGCCAUCAUAGGGGGAGUUUUCACAGUGGCCGGGCUGAUCGACUCGCUGAUAUACCACUCGGCGCGCGCCAUCCAGAAGAAGAUCGAGCUGGGAAAAGCGUCGUAGGGGCAGGAGCCAGACCGUCGGCCACAGCUGAGAACCGGGCGCUACCUCACAGCCUCCACGAAGCGCCACCGGAGAGGCACACGGCUAAACUGACACCCGGACGGACAGACCGAUUCCCAGCUUCCUCACCCGCAGACAAAAAUAUCGCCGCGCCACUGAGCUAUCCGAAACGUUUCUCUGUCGCUCCCUGCUUUAAGGCUGGAGCGGACCGGUUCCGAGUCUUCAGAGGCGACAGCGGUUUCAUUGGCAGAUACGUUCACACAUCCGUAGGAUUAACGUAAAAAAACCAUCCUCGUUAUUUUUUUCCUGGAAAUUCUCCCCGCUUUCCUAAUACCAAUCCUGUGUGUGUGGAACAUUUCUUAUUUUUUAUUUUUUACCACGGUGCCAUCAUUUUCUGUUUCUCCUCUGACUAAAAUAACGUUACUGUUUUUGUUUCGGCGUAAUUGGAAGCUGUGCGUUUCGGUUCGUAGCGAGGACAGGUUUAGCUCUGGAUUCAGUUAAACCGCAACGCGCUUCGUCUUUCAUUUUGAAAACCGUAAUUAAAAAAAGUGCAGCUUUUUCUCAUUCGUCGCAGAGACUGCAGUCCCCGAUUCUGCAUGAUUGUGUAUCACUGGUUCCUUUCAUGAAGAGAAGGAUUGCCCACAUUGCACAGGGAGGGGGAGGGGUGUAGGUGUGUGGUCCCGUGUUAUUUCUGUUGUGUUUUUGGCACCUUAAGGGCCUGUGUCUGGAACAGGGGUUGUGUGUGUGUGUGUGUGUGUGUGUGUGUGUGUGUCUGGGUGGGUGGGGGUGUGUGUGUGAGUGUGUUCAAAAGAUUCACAAGGGUGUUGAAAAGAUGUAUAUAUAUUUUAUUUCCAUUUCUAAGAUAACAAAAUAAAUGUGGAAAAAGCAAAAAUAA